GUCCUUCCGCCCCUUUAGGAGGGGCUGCAUUGCAGGGGGAGACCGAAUAGACAGUGAGACAGACUCACAGAGAGAGAAAGGCGUGAAAGCAAGGCAGACAAAGCUUCAACUGCAACCUUCUCUUUACCCACCAGCCCCAAGCCCCCUGAAGCCUGACACAUCCGUGGAACCCACAAACUAUUGGUGAUUGGGAGCCAUGAGGGACCCUGUGAGCAGCCAGUAUAGCUCCUUCCUUUUCUGGAGGAUGCCCAUUCCUGAACUGGACCUGUCUGAGCUGGAGGGCCUGGGUUUGCUGGACGUGUCCACCUACAAGACCCGAGGCAACAACAGUGGGAAACUGUCUGAGGAGGAGGAGCCGAGUGAGGCUGGACAGAAGAAUUGUCCUGAAGUUGAUGCCCUGCUCGAGUACAGCACUUUUAACUUCUGGAGAGCUCCUAUUGCCAGCAUCCACUCCUUUGAGUUGGACUUGAUUUAAGGCUAAAAUGUUCUUUCUCCUUAUCACCAUUUCUGUAUUUUCUUCUUCUUUGGCCCCUUCCUCUCUAUCCACGCUGCUUUUUAGCCCUGCUUCCUCCCCAUCAUUGUGUUGAGGUGGUGCUAAAAGAAUCUGCCAUGGAAUGGCUAUUUAUUUAUUGUUAUUUCCCUCUGCAUUGUAUCCCCACAUGCCACCCCCCACCCCCUUUCCCUACCAAGUCCCUCAAAUCACUUUGGAAGAGGUAUGGUUCUUCAAACAAAAGGUCCUAGGUACCCAAACUCCUUUUGAGACUAGUUUUAGAAACCAAAUCUGAUUGGGAGGACAGGCAUGAAGCAACCUGCCUCAAAAAGGAGUACAGUAGUGAGCAGUACAGUAAAUUGAUUCCUGUCUCCAUUGUUACCAGCUUUAUAGACAGUUUACCAGCCUUUCUGACUCUACCCCUAGGUCAGUUAGCAUGGGUGGCUUUCUCACUAAUCACUGAAAAUUCUGGGAUUUUUAUUUGGGAGUGUCUUCUAUAAAAAGGUGAAGCCUGUUUCAAAUAAUAAAGUAACUAACCAAGAGUCUUCCCAGACUGAGAAGUCAGGGAUGGAGACUUAAGCCCUGAGGAAAUAGAUAUUGAAAAAUGGAGCCAUGUGAAAACACUAAAACAAAUUCAGAAAUAAUUGAAGCCCUUUCCUGCCUUCAAUGGAGCGAUUUUCUUUCCUCCUUAAAUCCUUUCUUUCUCAGCUUUGUUCUGAACUGAAAGUCAUGGGUAUGGAUAUGGAUACAAAAAAGUUCAUGAAGAAAAAACACUCAAAUCUCAAGCUUUUAAAACAUUAUUUUGCUAUUUUUGACAGUCCCACACUAUUGGGAGCAGGUCCUUAGCCUCUUGUUCUUAGCUCUAUCCCAUGACCAGCAGUCUCAAUGGGACCUCAAAUUCAACCCCUUUGGAAAUUACCAGACCAGUAGUCUCCAGUGGUUUCAGGUACCUUGAGGGCAUAAAAUGAGAUGAUCAAUACCUUCUUCACAUCCUGACAGCUCUUUACCACACUACCUUUGAGAGUCCUCCACUCUUCCCCCCAGUUAUUGCUAACAUUUCCUCACACUCAUCUAAUAAAGCUGUUUAAUCCCACUCCUGAA